AUGCCACCUAAAUUCGAUCCCUCUGCAGUUCACGUUGUGUAUAUCAGGGCUGUUGGUGGAGAGGUUCCUGGUACGUCAUCAUUGGCUCCUAAAAUUGGUCCUCUUGGUUUGUCUCCAAAGAAAGUUGGUGAUGACAUUGCCAAAGGCACCCAAGAUUGUAAAGGUCUUAAGAUUACUGUAAAGCUGACCAUCCAGAAUCGUCAGGCUACAGUCUCUGUUGUUCCCAGUGCUGCCUCUCUCAUCAUUAAAGCCCUCAAAGAACCUGCUCGCGACAGAAAGAAAGUUAAACACAUCAAACACAAUGGCAACUUGUCUUUUGAUGACAUUAUCAACGUAGCUCGUGCAAUGCGGGAACGAAGUAUGUCGAAAACAUUGGCUGGAACUUGCAAAGAAAUUCUUGGAACUGCUCAGUCUGUCGGUUGUACUGUUGAUAAUCAACAUCCACACGAUAUCAUUGACAUGAUAAACAAUGGAGAAUAUGAAGUUCCAGCAGAAUAA